UACACUACGUUACGUAUAGUGCGUACACGAUAUCGCAAAUACGAAUUGGACACAAMGACCAUUUUCAGCUUUCUCAUAAUAAAUUGUAAAAUUUUCCAAGCAGUUUGUUUUUGGUAACGAAGCACAUAAAAACUUUCCAAGUAUUACUUGGUGUACACUGUUACAACAAUUAAUAAUUUAUCGACAUGUAAAUACGUUAUCUUCAAGGAUGUAUCAAAUAGUAUAAUAGUAUUAGUAUAUCAUAAUAUUAUUUCUGAUUUUGUACACUGGACAGACGUUGGCGAUAAACCAAAUACAAUUGAACCAAAACGACAAGAGCUGCAGAGAAAGGUGAAACAAUAAUCUAUUUUUAAAUCAGUUCAGCACAUCUCUGUCUCUCCGAGAACACGGUUAUCAACUUACAGUGUCGUGUCGGUACGGUGAUCUAUAUUUCAGAGACAGGACACAGGAAGAAGCACAGUGAACGAGUUAAGUAGUUAACCAUAUUUAUCCCAAUCAGUAAUCAACGCUCAAUGAUAAUAAUCCACAUUAUUUGUUAUAUUAUGAUACGUUAAAAUUUAAUACUUGAUAUGAUUAGAAUUAUGGAUGACCAUAAACCUUGACCACGGAUUAAUAUAUAUUAAUCCGUGACCUUGACUAUAGUUGUAUAACCUGUUAGACGUCAGUCAUUACUUGUUGAGUAUAUAGAUAACAGAAAUAAUCUCGGAUUUAUCGACGUAAUUAUUUAAUAGCUUGAAAAAUAUAUCCAAAUAUAAACAAAAAACUAACAGCUAUACAAUAUAAACUCAGAAAUUAACAACUAAAGAACAGACAUUUUUUACUUUUUUCACAAUGUUUUCAAAUUGUGUGAUUACUAGAAACAUUCAGCAUAGUUGUAAGUUGUUGAUUGUUGGUGGAGGUUCUGGAGGAUGUACAAUGGCAGCUAAGCUUUCAAAAUAUGAACGUGAUGUGAUUUUACUAGAACCAAAUCAGACACACUACUAUCAACCUAUGUUCACGUUGAUUGGUGGUGGUAUGAAAACUAUUUCCCAAGCCUCUACUUCAACAAAAUCAGUGAUUCCAAAAAAUGUAAAUUGGAUUCAAGACAAAGUCAAAAGUUUUAAUCCAACAGUAAAUAUUGUAACAACAUCAAACGGAGAUACAAUUAAUUAUGAUUAUAUGGUGGUGUCUAUUGGAUUACAAUUAAAUUAUGAUCAAAUCAUUGGCUUAAGAGAAGCCCUUGAAAAAAAAGAUAGUGGAGUAUGUACAAACUAUUCAUCUCAGUAUGUAGAAAAAACUUAUCAAGUUAUGCAGAAUUUCAAUGGUGGAAAUGCAAUAUUUACAUUUCCUAAUACACCGAUUAAAUGUGCUGGAGCUCCUCAAAAAAUAAUGUAUAUUACUGAUGAUUAUUUAAGAAGAAAAGGUAAAAGAAACAAGGCGAAUAUUAUAUACAAAACAUCCACACCUGCAAUAUUUGGAGUUAAAAAAUAUGCACAGAAGUUACAACAACUAUGUAACGCGCGGAAUAUUUCUGUAGCCACAAGACAAAAUUUAAUAAAAAUAGAUUCAACCCAGAACAAAGCCACUUUUGAACAUCUUGAUAUACCAAAUAAAACAGAAUCAAUUGAAUAUUCUAUGCUUCAUGUUACUCCACCAAUGGGUCCACCAGAUGUUCUAAUGAAAUCCAGUCUCAGCAACAGUGCUGGAUAUUUAGAUGUUGACCCUUAUACAUUACGUCACAAUGUUUAUGGAAACAUAUUUGGAAUUGGAGAUUGUACGAGUUGUCCAACAUCAAAAACAGGAGCUGCAGUAGCAGCACAAAGUAUUGUUGUUCUUAAAAACAUGAUAAAUGUGAUGAAUGGUAAAGACAUCAAAGAAAAAUAUGAUGGAUACACAUCUUGUCCAUUAGUCACUGGAUAUAGCAAAUGCAUUUUAGCAGAAUUUGAUUAUGACCUUAAACCAUUAGAAACAUUUCCAAUAAACCAAGGGAAUGAAUUGCGCAGUAUGUUUUUUUUGAAGAAACAUGUACUACCAUUUAUUUACUGGAAUAUAAUGCUUAAAGGUUAUUGGAACGGCCCUAAAAUGUUAAGAAAAAUUAUGCAUUUUGGUCUUGAUUAAAUUAAAUAAAAUAUUAUUAAAAAAUAAAAUUA